AGUACAUACGCCUCCUAAAGUAUGCAAUGUCAUAUAUCAACCGCCGGAGGCAUACAUUUUUGUUAAAAAUCAUGUGAAAAAUAAACAUCAUUCCGAGAUAGUGUGUUUUAUAAAUUGGUUUUCCGAGGACGACCGCAGUAAAUGAAUAAAGAUAAUUUUCGCUGAGUUAAAAGAGCCAAAAAUGAAUUUACACAACCCCAAUGGAAAAGGUUUGCAAUGGAUUGAAAGUAGAACACCAGAAAUAUGAAACUGCCAUUACAUGUACUACAUUUCUAAGGACCACUGCCAGUACAGCCCGUUCGCCAAAUAUCAAAAAUGCGGUUUGCCUUCGAUCCCCAUCAACCGCAGUCGGAGCCGCCUUUCAAAGGACACAAGUGCUUCUUCAAUUGCCAGUGCCUCUGCUGUCGUCAGGGAUGCUGUGUAGUCGUCGUUAAGUGUUGCUGCUGCUACAGCUUCAAUUGCUGCAACAGCUAUGGCUCCCGAAAGGCCUUUCUCCAACCUGCCCUGGCGCGCAAGAAGGUUUCCGACCCCGAGGUUUUGAGCGUGUCCAUGCUGGUGGGCGCAAUUUUGGUGCUCGCACGCUGGGCAACUGCACUAGCCACUCUUCUGACGAGCUGCAUCCUCCUUGACAUUUUCUCGGUACUGGGCCAGUCCGGUAUGCCAGACGGAAGCCGCGCCAGUAGAGCAGUGCACGUCUCCAUGGCCUCCACGCCAAGUGAAACAUCCAGCAGCAGCACAGAUGCGAAGCUGAAGUGCUUCUACGGGUACACCUCGUACGACAUUAACAACGAUCAGCAGUUGAAGUCGAAUAGUCUCUGCAGAAUGCUGUGCAACAGUCGCACUCGCAAGCGACAACGAGGGAAGCGGAGACGGCGCAGGCGCAGACGGCGCAGGCACAGGAAUACUGCUAGCGACAAACGACAGCAGGUUCAGCGCAAGCCCCAGAAACACCUACGGACUAGUCAACAGGUGCCACAGAAUCAGAGCGUCUUUCUGCAAGGUCUAGGCCUUAGCGAUACUUUUGAGACAAAUGUUAGAGUGAACUACGACGCGGUACCAGGGGUAAAACUCAUGAGCCAGUCAGAAAAAAGCGUCCUGGUGUCGCCUCUAAGGGAAAUGAUAUCGCCUUGGUCGUCAACACAAAGUUCGAUGCGUAGCUGCUCAAAGAUUAAGCGCAACAGGGCCAAUCUCAUCUGGCUUCUUAUCGGGCUUGUCUGGUUUGAAGUAAAGCUAAUUAACUGCGAUGGAAUCGGCAGCAGCAAUUACUACGCUUCAAACUUGGAGUCUCAUAAGGGCUGCACCUUAUGCCACGAAGGAGGCAAACUCAACAUUUAUAACGAUAAAGAUAAUCCACACACAGACUACAACAUCUACAACAAAUACCAUAACAACAAUUACUUCUACAAAAAAACAAAUCAACCCAAUAACAACAUUUCGCCGAGCGAUCAAGUUCGUUUGGAGUCAAUAAAACGGCAAAUUUUGACGAAGCUUGGUCUUAGCCACAAGCCAAAUGUAUCCCAUCCCCUACCUAAGCAAUUUAUUUGGGAAACAAUCUAUCGUGCGGAUGGUGGACGGAUGAUUAUCAACAAUGCAUUUGAGAGCAGUGGUAAUGAUUUUGAUCAACAAAAUUCCAGACCCCGCACGUUAAACCUACCCGAGGAACACACGUUCAAUGACCUUGGCGGAAGUUCUUAUCCUAGUAAUGAGCGAGGUGCCAAUAAACAUCAAUAUCGAUCCCCGUUCGAAUAUACUUUGAACAUAAGUAAGAGCAAAGUGCAUGACAAAGUCUUGAAAAAUCGUCCUGCAAACCAAAGAAGCCAUCAUAUACAAAAAGGCGUUGGUAAAAAUAUAUUCUUGAAAGGAUGGCCAGAGAAACGUCAAUUAAAAUUGAAUUCUCGUGUUGCGUCUAAGUCUCCAAUACAACUCAAAAGCCCUAGCAGUAUUACCAAGAUUAAUAAAAAUGGAGUCACCAGGAAAGUUAAUGUCAUCAACGGCAAACCAAUGAAUGCAAAUGCGUUUAGAAAAUCUACAUAUCUGAUAGAUAUAAAUCGUAGUAGUGAUAGUAGCGCCAAUAUUGGCAUAAAUGGUGACAUCAGGCGCAAUGAUCAUGAUUAUUUUAGCGAUUACAGUGUUCAGACUCAUGAUAAAAGCCAGUACCAUGGAAGAAGCUCUAGCAUUGGAUAUCAUCCAAUGAUCGAAAACAUUGAAGAUGAUAAACUGAAGAGACAUUUUGAACCGGUUGUUCAUGACCAGGAAAAUAUUGAUCAUGAAGACUUCUUUGGAAAUACUCAGGAAAUAAUAACAUUUGCAGAAGAAGGAACACAAUAUCGACAAUAUCGAAUACUUGAAUUUUCGCCUCAAAAUCUCCGUGUUCCUAACCAAAAACUAUCAAUACGCAGCGCUCAGAUUCACAUACGGAUAGACAAGCCACACAGUAUCUGGAUCGACAGAGCAAAAAAUUUGCAGGAAGAACAUUUGCUGAAUACUAAACGAAAAUGGCGGGCAAAUAAACCUCAUCACAGAUUAAAAAUCUGGGUAUUUCAAUUACACACAGCUAUCAAUAUUACGGAAAAGGGAAUAGACAAGGCUAUCCUGUUCCGUGCUUCUUUUGAAGUUGACACCAAACAUUUGGGAUGGCAAAAAUUCGAUUUGACCGAAACAAUCCGUGAGUGGUAUGGCGGUAGUAGUAACGAAAAACUGCGGCUGUUGAUCGAUUGCACUGGCUGUGGUGGUCGUUACUCACUGCACCUAUUCCAGACUUCAAAACUAAGAGAUAACUCAUCAGACUAUUUAAGCCCAAAUCCUAAUCGACCAUUUCUGGUCCUUCACACGGAGUCAACUAGGACGAGACGUGUUCGGAGACGUGCCGUAGAUUGUGGCGGUGCUUUGAGUGGACAAUGCUGCAAAGAAUCGUUUUAUGUAUCUUUCAAGGCACUUGGUUGGGAUGACUGGAUUAUUGCACCCAGGGGAUACUUUGCAAACUAUUGCAGAGGCGAUUGCACUGGGUCGUUUAGAACACCCGACACAUUCCAAACAUUUCAUGCUCAUUUUAUAGAGGAGUAUCGCAAAAUGGGCUUAUUAAAUGGCAUGCGACCUUGUUGCGCUCCAAUAAAAUUCUCUAGUAUGUCAUUGAUUUACUAUGGAGAUGAUGGAAUCAUCAAAAGAGACUUGCCAAAAAUGGUUGUUGAUGAGUGUGGUUGCCCUUAGCCUUGUUUGAUAUCUGCUUUUACCUUUUCUAUUUUCCGUCCGGUAAAUAUAGGCAUAGAUAUCCUCGGUGAUCUUCAAAGUCAGUACGGAAGUUUUUUAGUAUUAGUAAUAUGUUCUAUUACAUUAAACAUUAUGUGUUAUUGACUUAGAAUAGGCUCAAUUGUAUUCAAUUUUAAGAUAGGCUGAUGACAAUAUUUGUAUAUUUACGAACAAACCCAAAAUUGUAAAAGUGCCUAAAUUAAAAGAAACCUAAAACUUUAAGAAUCUUGCAACUAACACUAAAAUAUCUUUGAAUAUGGUAAAAUCCGCUUUUAAUAAAUUUACAAAACCCUAAUGAUAACUCCAGUAGACAGUCCACUUCAUACUAAUAUAAAGCAAAAGCUUUUCAAGGCUUGCAACAUACAAAAUGUUUGGUUCAUUUUUCUCAAAAUAAUAAGAUAGAUCGUUUUAAAACUAAUGUCAAAGAGCAUUAAAAUUUAUUUUAUAUUACACUUAAAUCAAACGUUGGACUAUCCCCAAAAUGUUAGCCAUCUAAAUAAAAGAGGAUAAUAUGUUAUAAACCAAUAUAUUGCUGUUUCCGGGAUAUAUUGACGUUCGUUGGUGACAGUUUAUUAAGAUA